AUGCCUUUGGACCACUACUAUAGCUCCGGCGUCGAGGUUAUCUACCCAAGCCAGAUGAUGAAUCCCCACCACUUCUCGGAGCCUGAAUGGAAUCCAACUCCUCUCGUACCUUUGCACCCACACGAAUUCGACAACACGCCAUAUUCAUCAGGUCCUCACAUACCACCACCAAUAUCGAUCACACAUCCAUCACACAUAACACCGUUCUCGCGGCCAAAAAGCAGUCCGAGCACAUUUGGACCGAACGUGGAGGAUCUGCUUUUCACAGAGAAUCCUUUCCGUAUAAAGAAUGAGGACUAUGCACCCCCGAUGUUCUCUAUGUCACCACAGCCGGUACCGUCAACCAAGACGCCGAGUCCGUACUACAGCGGGGACUACCCAGUAUCAAACCCCGGUGCUUCGCCAGGCCGGCACGGACCAGUGCCAAUAGCUCCAGAUCCGGUCGGUCUCCGACAAAUGCAAACCCUCAAGCGCAUGCGAGAAGAUGAAGAGUACUCCGAGUAUGGCCAGAAAAAGCGAAAGCGCGCCCCCUCGCAAGCGGGUCCUGUCGAACUGAAUGAAGAAGAGCAACUGCUCCUCAAGCUCAAAGAAGAGGAAAAUCUGCCAUGGAAGGACAUCGCAGUGCGCUUCCAGACCGAUCUCGGCAAAUCUUACCAAGUGCCUGCGCUGCAGAUGCGAUUUAAAAGAUUGCGCGAGCGUAUGAGGACCUGGACGGAAACUGAUGUUCAAGCCCUCGAACAAGCCUACGAUUACUGGGAGAAGUUCCAAUUCGACAUCAUCGCCGCAAAGAUGCUGGACUUCGGCGCAUCAGAACGCUGGCCUGCCAAAUACUGCGCUCGGAAAUGGGAGGAGAUACAUCCCGGACGAGGGCCUUUCUCGACCCCCUCCAACUUUCUCCAGGACCCUUGGGACGCCACAAGCCCCGUGGAGUCGUUGAGUCAUAGUCACAGCCCGAGACAGACGCAGUUUACCCAUAGCCCAAGACAGACGCUGUGA